AUGGCGACCACAACUCCCAGCAUUCCUCAGCUGGAGCUGGAAGCUGCCAUUGGAUUUAACGGCCGUGUUCCCUGUGGCCUGAGAGUCCAUCCAGACCAACAACAUCUCAUCUAUCCUCUGGGAUGCACUGUGAUUCUGAAGAGCAUCCGUGAUGACAAACAGGAGUUCCUGCACGGACACACCAACAACGUGUGCUGCAUCUCUGUGUCCAAAAGUGGAACCUACAUUGCCUCUGGACAAAUCACCUUUUGGGGAUUUAAGGCAACAGUUUUUAUCUGGAACUAUGCACAAAGAUCUGUCCACGCUGAGCUGAAUCUUCACAAGGUCAAGGUUGAAUCUCUGGCCUUUUCUCCCAACGACAAAUACUUGGUAUCCUUAGGAGGUCAAGACGAUGACAGCAUUGUUGUUUGGGACAUUGAGACCAAACAGGCCAUCUGCUGGAGCACGGCAUCGUCUCGAAUCGCCGGGCCCUGCCUCGUAGUGCAAUACUCAAACACAAAUGAUAACAUAUUUGUUUCUGCUGGGAGUGGAACAAUACGAGUUUGGGAAUUGGACAACAGAAAUAUUAGAUUCACAGAUUGUAAAAUAGGAAAACUUCAGAGGAAUGUCAAAUGUGUGGAGAUCUCAAAAGACGAUCAAUUCAUUUUCUGUGGAACAACCACUGGAGACUUCCUCAAAAUCAACCUCAGAACUGGACUUCUGAGUGACUGUGGUCCAGUUAAAGCAAAACACAACCUUGGUGUUGUUGCUCUCAAAGUGCUGGAAUCUGGGGACCUCCUCGUGGGUUCUGGAUCUGGAGUCUUAUCUUUGUGCUCCAAAACAAACUUUAAAACUCUUAGGAGGAUCCAGCUGGAGAAAGAAGUGACUUCCAUCACGGUCAAAGACACAGAACAGAAGUUCUAUGCUGGCACAGAAGCUGGCUGUAUUUUCCGCAUCAGCUUUAAUGACUUUGAAGCUGAACUGGUUUACACCAGCCACUGCGGUGCUGUGAAAGACGUGGUCAUGCCUUUUGGAACAUCUGAACUAUUUGCAACCUGCUCUGAUGACGACAUCCGACUGUGGCGCAUAGACAAACCCAAAGAGCUUCUCCGCAUCAGUGUCCCUAAAGCAACCUGCAAUGCCCUGGACUUCAUGCUUGACGGGCGCAGCCUCAUUAGUGCUUGGAGCAACUGUACGAUUCGUGUUAAUGGUCCUGAAAGUGGACGACCAAUGAUCAUAAUCAACGACGCACACAAGAUGGGGGUAACAGCCGUCGCCGGCACCAGAGACUGCAAAAGGAUUGUCAGUGGAGGGGGGGAUGGAGAGGUGCGUGUUUGGGAGCUGCUGCCACAUGGCUCUCGGUUGGUGGAGGGCAUGAAAAAGCACAAAGCCACCGUCUCCAGUGUCAAAAUCAAGUCUACCGACGAAGAGUGUGUCAGUGUCGGCGUUGAUGGAGUCUGCGUUAUCUGGGACUUAGAGCGGUUCGUCAGCCUUCAGGUGAUGAUCGCAAACACGAUGUUUCGGGCGGUGUGCUAUCACCCAGAGGAGCACCUGAUCAUCACCAGUGGAACCGACAAAAAGGUCACGUACUGGGACGUGUACGACGGUUCCAUCAUCCGAAAUCUGGAAGGCUCCCUGUCCGGCCCCAUCAACGCCAUGCACAUCACGAAGGACGGCAGUCAUUUUGUGACGGGUGGAGAUGACAAGCUGGUGAAAGUGUGGACCUUCAUGGAAGGCUUGGUCACCCACGUGGGGACUGCCCACGGCGGCAGCAUCACCAGUUUGAAGAUCUGCUCUAACAAUCGCAUUCUCGUCAGCACCAGCGCAGAUGGAGGCAUCCUGCGAUGGAAGUUCCCUCAUCCUCCCAAACUGUAAAGCGUUCUUCAAACCUGCAGAGAAAAGCAGAAGCCUUCGUUCAAACGCAAAUUCAGUUCUAAAUGUUUUCAUUUUUUGUUGUUUUCUUUCAAUUUAAUUAAUAAACUCAUUUAUAUCUUUGCUUCUAAAA